AUGGCAGCAAUGGAUGACAAGCUCUGCAUCGCCCCGAUUUCCGGAAUGUUGUCCAGCCAAACUGAAGUAGUAGUCAUACGGCCUGUGUCAGAGGCAGACAUCGCCAGAGUACAGGCUAUUGAGUCGGAAGCAUUUACUGACCAGGAAUGUGUAGUGGCGGAACGCAUUGCAGAUUCCAGAAGAAGGUCUGGUGGCCCUUGGUUCGUUCCAACAUUUGUGGACAUGGCUGUCUUGAGCACGCCCACCAAUGACAUGAUCACUGGAUAUGUUGCCUGGAGUUAUGAGCCUUUCGCUGCGUGUGAAAAAUGUAUCCAUGUCAUGAACCUCGCUGUUGCUACAGAGUUUCGCAGAAUUGGCAUUGCAACUCGGCUGCUUCGCCAUGUCCGUGAGCUAAGUUGGCAGAAGUUCCCGCGAGCUAUUUGCAUGAGAUUGAUUGUCAGAUCUGACAAUUCCGCAGCACAGGCGUUGUAUCAGCGAUUCGGGUUUCAGCAGACUGAUGUCCAUCCCAAGUACUACAACGAUGUUGAUGGGAUUGAGUUGCAGCUGCAUCUUGAUGGACCAGCUCCGUCUUCCACACGGCAUCCAACUCGAACUCAGCCUUCUGAGCACGGGAACAAGCGUGUGAGACGAGGAAGGCGGAAAACAGAUUCCAGAUCCGACUUGGUCUCACACAUGAGCGUCUGA